AUGUCGACCGAAGCCCCAGCUGCGACUCCGAUCAUUCACCCCUCGGUGCGCACACCUUCAGCCUCCAGCACAUUCCUGACUCCCAUCGACUCUCCCAUAGAUGCCGGUUUGGGCGGCUCAGACUACUUCAUGGCCGAGGACACACGGGGGGGAGAUCCCUCAGCUUCAACGACCGAGUCGCGCUCUGCAGAGCACGAAACCACGAUCACGACUGCCGUGCGAGAUCCAGAAGAGUCAAGCCUGCUCCCUCCACUGACCGAUCGCGACGAUAGCAGCUUAUUCCCCUUGUCUAGUGAAAAUGGCGAUCACGACCGGGGGAACAACCAGACUCUUAUUGAGGAACACGAGAUGCGCCAAAAGCUCAUGGACAUGGAGUCGAGUUUCCUUCCCGAGCCGUCCACCAUCGAAGUGGCCGCGACCGGUCCCAGGGCUGGCGCAGAUGAUACUUACCUGGUCGGCGUAGACGGAGGACACGAUAUGGACAUGACACAGCAAACAGACUCGUCACAAUUCUCCUUCAUCCCCCCGUCAGAGACCACAACUGGCCCCGAAUAUACUCGAAGCAUCAAUUUCGAUCAGGAUGGGAUCCAGAUCGAUGAGCCCGAGCCCGAGCCGGAGUCGACGAAUCAUGAAGAGCGACCAGGCAAUGAGACUUUGCUCGACUCUCUCGCAUCAUCUCCUUCCGCCGCGGCGAUGUUCCGGAGUGUGCAGCGCAACCAGUCUCGUACCGCAGAAGAUGUGGGCGACAACAGUCAAUUCUCGCAAGAAGAACGACCAUUCAGAUCUCAACUAUCCUCGGAAGAGUCACAACUCACGCCGUCGAAACUUCGAAGGUCAUCCCGCAGCGUUUCUCCAGGCCCAGCGCGGCUUUUCAGUGACCAAAGCUUUGGUACAAUCGGGAGCCGACGAAGUGGAAGCCGGCCAAAGUACUUGACCAGCCGCCAAUCCGCCAAUCGCUUGUCGCAUUCUUCGAUCAACAGCACAAACACCGAUACUACGAACAGCGAUGCUACGCUGGGCGCCGACUAUGCCUACAGUCAGGUGGUGCAACAUCUGACCAGUGGGUCUUGGAAGCAUGGCAUCUGGUGUCUCCGGAUACAGCGAAGAGAAUUCCUUGGACAAGCGAAACCUACCAGGGCCCACCGAUGGCGGUCUCCAAACCUUGGAAGAGAGGAGAGUUCACCACGGUCUACGCGACAGCAGGCGACGUUCGACGAAGCGGCUCCUGAAACGCCAAAAGCGAAACCUGCAGACAAAGCCUUCCCGAGCGACACGGCCAUCGCUGAGCGCGUGAAGGGAGUCCAUGUUCCUAGUGUCUUUGCGCAACGAUAUCGAGAAGAGCAUGGGCCAUCGCCUGACAAGCGCGCUGGCACUACGCCUGCGUUUGGGCGUAGUGGCCGUAAUUUGACCCUUAAGGAGCAGAGCAGUACCAUUGACCGUCUAUCUAAGGAGAAUUUUGACUUGAAAAUGCGGAUUCACUUCCUCAAUGAGGCGCUCAACAAGCGCUCUGAGGAGGGUAUCAAAGAGAUGAUAUCUGAAAAUGUUGAACUCAAGUCGGAUAAGUUGAAACUACAAAAGGACAAUUCGGGGCUAAAACGCAGGAUUCGUGAACUGGAGAAGCAGCUCAAAGAUCGGGAGUCUGACAAGGAAUCCAUGCUCAACCACGACCCUGAAGGCUCGGAGGACGGAGACCGAAACUCUGCCCAUGAGACAGAGGUCAUUUAUCUCCGGGAGAGAGUCGAAACCUACGAGCUUGAGGUUGAGCGUCUUAGGUCCGAAAGCAUUGCGCGAGAGAGUGAGAAACGACGUCUGGCAGAGAUGGUUAAGAAUCUUAGUGAAAAUAGACAAGAAGGUUCGGAAUCGGGGGCAAGGGAAGAAAGAGGACUGUGGAAAGACAUGCUCGAUGCAGAGACCGCUGCUCGUGAGUUGGCUGAGGAAGAGAACCGCAAGCUACGGGACGAAACAAUUCGUCUUCGGAGCGAGCUCUACAGCUCAAAUGUUGGCUCACACCCCGGUGUGAGGCCCGGGACUCGGGACCACGGCUCAACUGUAUCCUAUACGUCUGUGUCUGAAAGCCAUGGAAACCGUGGCGCUGCGAUCAGCACCUCUAACAGCACCCUCCUCGUUGAACACGAGCUGCUCAAGCAGGAGAAUGCAGAGUUGAGGAAGGAGGUUAGCGCCCAAACUUCCAUGCUCACUUCGCGCAACCGGGAGAAGGAGCGCCUGUACCAAGAGAUUGAGGAACUGAAGCUUGGCCAGGGACGCCACGGUGGCCGAUCGAUCGCUGGGGACAGCAUAUUCGACCGCUCAGCGUCUCGAGCCCAAGGACGCUCUGGCUCUGAACCCAGCGAUGGAGGUGUAUCGCGCAGUGAUAUGGAUCGCGACGAAUUGGAAGCUCGAAACGGCCAGCUAAGGGAUCAAGUAUCUACCCUGAAACUUGAGAACCAAGCAGUCCGAAGCCAGUUAGAUGAUUGCAUCCGGGAUUAUGAAGAGCUUGACGCCGCCUACCAGGCCGAUGUAGACCAAGCCGAAGCGGAGAUACAGAGCCUGCAACAGGAGCGAGAUCAGGCUCUUCAAAUGGCCGACGAACGCGAUUCGGCCUUCCAAGACCUUCGAGCUGAAGCGCAAGAGGAGCUGGAUGUUCUCGGUGACGAACUCGACCAAAAGAUUGUGGAGUGCCAGCGCUUGAAUGAGGAGCUGAGGAACCAGGAUGAAAGUCUCCGAGUGCUUCAGGCAGAAAUGCGCUCAGCCAGCGAGGGGAUCAUUCGCUUAGAAGAAGAUGCACAGAAUAACCUUGAGCGAUACAAAGCUGUUCAGCAGGAGCUGGAGCAGACCAAUGGCGAGAUGGAAUCCUUGGAAAAGAGUCUAUUUGAAGCUAAUACCAAGGUGCAGCGACUUACUGUGCAAAUUGAGUCGAGCCAGAACGAGAUCGCGUUCCUUCGGGAGGAGCAAGAUGGCGAUAAAAUUCGCAUCGGCGAUCUGGAAUCGGAGCUGAAGACAUACCAGAUGAGUCUGCACAGCGAAAAGGACAAGACCAGAGAGCUUGAGCACCGCCUGGCAGAUGAACGGCACCAGCGCGAGAUGGUUGGCAGCAAGGAGAAGCAAGAGGUCCAACGGAUCAUGAACGAGCUCAACCGUGAAGCAUCUGCAGCCAAGGAAGAAGCCCGACGACUGAAGAAGAGUCUCUCGACUCAAGAAAUCGAGACAUCGACUUGGCGGGAGCGGCUGAUGGAUCUAGAGAAUAACCUUCGUGAAACUCUUGGAGAUCUCAGCGGCAGCCGAUCAAGCCUGAUUACCAACAUUAUGAAGCUGCAGAAGGAGCUUGAAUCUACGGCACUUGAACUGGAGAGCAUCCGGUCACAGUUGGAUGAGAAGGAGACCCUUCUGAAGAACCGUGAUGCGCUUUUGGAGAGCCAUGGCCUUGAGUCUCGCAAAUUAUCUGAGCUGCUCGAGAAAGAACGACAAGCGCGACGAGCAGAUAAACAAUCCUUCGAUUCCUCCCUCAAGUCCCACCAACAGGCGUCGCGAUCCAUUACACAAAGCAACUCGCGCAUUACCGAGCUGGAGCAUGCCCGUAACCAGGACCGCAAGCGAUUCACCGCCCUUGAAUCACAGUACAGGGAGCAGCUCAACGAACGGAAUGCAAUGCUCCUUACUGUUUGGAAGAAAGUGUCGAACAUCUGCGGUGCAGAUUGGGCCCACUCUAACAGCCUGAUCAACGGCAAUCUCCCAAGUCAGGAAGUGAUUAGCAAUAUUCUGUUCUGGCCAGGCUUCAGCCGCAACCUACUUCUUGCGAUCAAGACGGUCGAGGGCGUGAUUUCGCAGUUCAAGGGCCGUAUUAAGAGUGUGGAGGUCGACCUGAACAAACAGUAUCAAAACCUCGAGCACUCUUUCCACCAGCGCGUCCGCCGGCUCGAGCGCGUCGAAGAAACGGUCAAGAACUUGCGCGCUGGACGAAGCCAUUCGAGUUCCUCUUCCGAAGUGUCCAAGUUACGCGGGGAAAACCGGCUGUUGAAGGCCGAACUCAACCUUCUUCAGUCCAACACGCGUGGCCACAGCUCUGCAUCUUCGGCGGCGGCGGCUGUCAUGGCAUCCACGGGCUCGCCGCGAUCAUCCUCCUUCGGCUCUGCGGUUGAGAACCAACAGCAAUUGACCCGCCACCACUCGACUUCUGGGGCUAGCGAAAAGUCUCGCCCGGAGCGUGGCCUCACGCGCAGCUCUACCGGUCUUUCGCAGCCCACUUAUGCGUCCUCCGGCAGCACGCUGGCGGCUAACAGCAGCAGCGGAGCCAUGGUGCAUCGCACCCGCAGUAACCAGACCGGUCCGUGGGAAAAUAUGGAUGAAAAGUGGAUUCACCGGCUGCGCGAGUUAGAGAAACGCCUGAAGUCCGAGCGAGAAGGCCGCCUUCUGGAUCGCGACGGAGCACGAAAGCGGAUUGAAGAGCGCGAUGCGGAAGUCAGAAAGCUCAAUGAACUAAUUCAACGCGAGCGCCUCCGGCGUGGGGUGCCUCCCUCUGGGGCCAUCGAAGACGGACGCCAUCGAGGCCCAGUCUCCGACGGGGCUGUGAGCUCCAGCGAAGGAGAAGGCUUUGUGGUGGACAUUGAGGUUUGA